AGCUAAUAAGAGCCUUCUCGCCAAUUAAAAGCAGCCACCAAAGUCGCCAUGGUCGCCCUUUGCUGCCGGCGUGGUUGAGGAGCUCCGACGCAGCGCCUUGAGGAGGAGCUUUGCGGCGACCAUGGCGAGGCGCUCAGGCACCCAAGGAGAUGGCGGCCAUGGCAGGUGGCGUUGGGCUCAGGCAGCACCUGCUGCUGGCCUGCGAGAUGGCGCGAGCCUCCGACCGGCUUCUCCCAUACGGCUGCUCGGAUGUGGGAUGGAGGCCAUGGCGAUGCCACCGAGCCUCCCGGCGGUUUCGGGCGCGAGCUGGUGGCCACAGAGCUUCCCAGCCGGCAGCAAAGGGGCAAGCAGCAGCGGCGGCCGGCAACAUGCGCACGCAGCAGCGGCAAGCAGAGCGCGCACGCAGCAGCAGCUUGCACAACAUCAUCCUCAGAAGUUGGCAAACCAUCCAUCUGCUGCCGACCAUGAUGCAAAAAACAAGGACGCCCCGCAAAUGCGUGUUCAGCAGCCAAGGAAAAUAAUGCUCGAUCUUCUGGUACAUGCCUCGACGUGCCGCUCAUCUAGCUGCCAAUUUCCUAACUGCCUUAAGGUCAAGGAACUAUUUCUGCAUGGGAAGCAGUGCAAAAGGCGUGCUUCAGGAGGGUGUGCCCUGCGCAAAAAAAUGUGGUACAUGAUUCAGUUCCAUGCCCAAGCUUGCAGAGAUUCAGGAUGCAGUAUGCCAAGGUGCAGGGAUUUGAAAGACCAUCUUAGAAGGUUGCACCAGCAGUCCGAAUCCAGGAGAGGGCUGCUGUUAACGAAAUGAUUAGACAACGGGCAGCAGAAGCUUGGGAUGGUUGAACUAGAGGAAUCUAGGCAAGACGUUCAGAUGGAUCUUUCAACUGGAGAUGGAAGAAGAUGCUGGGUAUUCUUCACUGAUGAUUAACAUAUGGCUCGGAAGCCUACCUUUUUUCUGAAGGAAGGGUCAAUCUCGUUGACGUCAUGUCGUCUAUUGUUGAAAGACAAUGGUUAAGCUGUUUUGUUUCCCCCUCCAAUUUAGUUUCUUGUUACCUCAGGAGGGGUAUAGUAGGAAGAAAAAGGGAGAUGGGGAUGUGCACACAGGGCCCUGUUUAUUUCUGCCCCCUCCCAUUUUGU